CAUGGAUGCCAACCUGCCAGGCACCUUUCUGCUCAACGGCCCCUCGCUGGGCCCCUUCCCCGAGGCCAAGGCGCCUGUUUGCCAGUACUCAGUGCAGAGCUCCUUCUACAAGCUGGGACCCCCAGGACUGGGUGCCCAGCUGGCGGCUGGCACCCCCCACGGCAUCUCCGACAUCCUCGGCCGGCCAGCGGCGACACCGAACAGCGGUCUCCUCCCUGGCUACCCCCACGCGGGCGGAUUUAACGGACUGAGUUCCCCGGGCGUCUAUUACGGGCCCCAGGUGGGAGCCCUCCCCAAGGCUGGUGGCGAUUACCUGCCGCGGGGACGGAGCUGCUGGGCGGAGGCGGCCCCGGAGUGGCGGGGCGGCCGGCAGUGCGGCGGCACCCCUGCUCACUUGGCUGACAGCAUCCACAAGAAGAAGCACACACGCCCAACCUUCACGGGACACCAGAUCUUUGCUCUGGAGAAGACUUUUGAGCAGACCAAGUACCUGGCGGGUCCGGAAAGAGCACGGCUGGCCUAUUCUCUUGGCAUGACUGAGUCUCAGGUGAAGGUCUGGUUCCAGAACCGACGGACCAAAUGGAGGAAGAAGAGUGCCCUGGAGCCCUCCUCAUCCUCGCAGCGGGCGGGGGGCUCUGGCGGAGAGCGGGCGGCCUCUGAGACCGAGGACGAUGAGUACAACAAGCCCCUGGACCCAGACUCGGAUGACGAGAAGAUCCGGCUGCUGCUGAGGAAGCACCGUGCGGCCUUCUCAAUGCUGGGCUUGGGCACGCACAGCGGCUGAGCUCCAGCACAGCUGCCCCUCUGCGUGGGGGGGCGACUGGCCCAGCCACCUGCACCCUGCUGGGGGGGUGACACCCGUCACUUGCAGGUGCCUGGAUGUUGGGAUGGGGUGGCUGACAGCUGGAGGGGGAGCAUGGCUUGCAGGGCUGGGAGCAGCACUCAUGUUAGUGUCAGGUGCAGCCGUGUUAUCGGCAUUGAUGAAAUAAAGGUCCCAGUCAAGUCCCAGCACUUGUUUCGUGGGCAUGUGGCUGAGGGUGGCGCUGUGACGCUGGGCCAGAGAAGGGUUGGGGAUAGGAUGUAUGGGGCAGGGUCUUCAUGCCAAGCAGGGGAAGGGUCCAUGCUGUGGUCCUGCAUGUGGGGCAGGAAGUGCCCUGGAGAUUUUCCCAGGGUUUUCUCUGGUUUGGGCAUGUACCAGCAGCAGGAGCUGCUGGUUCAAAAGUCACUCAUUGGGGCCUCUUAUUGGAAGCUCUUAGCAGCAAAUAAAUAUCAUUUAUCUUAACAGUGUGAGUGAGAGCCCAUUCACCUGUCGGGGCUGCAGGAUUGAUGUGGCAUCAAUAGCCUCUGUGUGUUUGCUUGCCAACCUGUUGGGUCCCCCCUGCUCUGUGCCGCACCCCUGUGCAAUGGGAGCAGUGCAUACAGAUGUGUGUGUGCACGUGGGUCUGCACACCCCCUGUUCUGGCUCCCCAUGGCUCACCAGUGGCAUGCCAGCUGUGGGUGCUGUGCAGGGCCAGCUGUCCUUACCUGCUUAGGGCGCCACAGGAGCUCCAGCUGGCACAGGCACAGCACUGAAGGCCAGGCAAGCUUGGCAGUUGUUCAGCCAAGAGCCAACUAAGUGCCAGCCAGGUGUGAGCAAAUACGUGAGCUGUGUCUUGCAAGGAAAUCGAUAACAGAUAAGGUGCUGCCAGCCUAUCAGGCACUGAUUAGCAGCAUGGCACAGGCACAGAAGGGGUAGGAAUGGGGCUGGUGAAGGGAUGCUCUUCCCUGCAGCUGCAGGCAGUACCUGCAAUGGGCUGGUGCCUGAGUCCAUGCCUGGGGUAGCUGAAGCUCCUGAAUGACAGUGGCCCUGAGCACGAGCCUUGUGUGGGGCUGCAGAUCAUCACUGCAACCUGCCAAGGCCCACACUUGGCUUAAAGCCCUCUCCAGUCUCUCACUGGGCUGUGGGCACUUUGCAAGGAGACCUGACUGCUCAGUGCCACUUUUCCAGCACUUAGGGGACUACUGUCCCCACAUAGGUCCCUGUCCAGCCCCUGCAGUGAGCAUGGGGAUUGUAAUGCUCCCCCCUCGGCCAUGCAGCCCCUUCCCUUCCUCCAUGGGACAGGUGCUGGGCCAGGAUGGCAGGUCCCAUGGAAGCACAGCACACGGGGCUGAUGGCAGGGCCAGAAGAGACACAUCACUGUCUGUGGACAGAGCCAGCGCCCAGCGGGAGCAGCUCCCACAUGGUGGGAGAAGUGAAGGGCUGCUGGUGGGAUAUUUUUUUAACAUUUUCUAAGCUGCCCAGCUUGGCUGACAAUUUUUAAUGUACUAACUGCCUGGUCCAGUGAGCUGAUUAAUUGGUGCUGUGGAGAUCAAUACAAAACAGAAAAUUAAAACAAUUUUAAAGUGAUUAAGUAGUUUAACACCUGUCUGAUGCCACGUCAGGGCUGGGAGACAAAUAAAGCAGGUGGCAAAGGGCCUGCUAUAGCCAGGGAGAGUGACAAAUGGCUGCUGCAGCCUGGCUGCCCCAUGCAUCCCCACAUUGAGACAGGGCCCCAAGCAGUGCUGAUCCAUGCAGGGCCCCAGCCUGGUAGCCAGGACUGACUCCCUCUCCUCCCUGUGUUGCUCACUGUGGCUCCUGCCUUCCCACUGGCCACUCGCUGCUGCAGCAGAGUGGUGCCCCAUCAGGGCUGGGAUCUCGACAGGAUCAGUCAGCAGUGAGCACUAGCUCUGCCCACCCCGUGCCUGGUGCCAGGCAGGUUCAGGCUGCACGGACAGAGCUGGGAGCCAGCUGCGCUGGGGCUGUGAGCACCGGCAGACCAGCCUGGCAGGCAGAUGGAUAGCAGCCCCACUUCAAUUCUGCAUCCCUUUUCUCCCAGACAAACCCCGUCGGAUUUUCAUAAAUCAAAGCGCCACACUGUUUAAUAAAAAUUUAUUGACUUACAAGUGAUUAUUUAUCAAAAGGCCAUUAAUAGCAGCUCCAGGAAUGAUGUGCUACUGGGUGGUGCGUGGAGACUAAUAGCAAAUCAAUGCCAGCAUCCGGGCAGAAUGCAUAUGAGGACUCCUGGCCCCAGUGGGGUGCACGGCUGCUGCAGCCAGAGCCAGCAGCCCCUACCCCAUGGGCCGCCCAGUGCUCCCCCCCGGUUAUUUAUCGCUUACAAAUGAAAUGAUCGAUACUUUUAAUCUAGAGCUAAAUUUAUUAACUUUCUCAUCGGAGAGAGACAUAUUGACUGGGGGCAUGGGGUGGGAGAGCCAAGGAAAGAUGGAUGUAUGCCUCCUAACCUGUCCUGCCAGCUCCUUGCCUGCUGUGAGGCAUCCUGAAAGCUGCUGGGGAUGGUCCCCAGGCAGGGGACCCAGUUGCAGGCAGACUUGAGGGCACCUGCAGCUGGGUCCAAGCAUCUGAGGACAUGGCAAAAGUGUGGGGGAGCUCUUCAGCAGUGCCUGAAGGGAAUGUCCGUCCCACCCCCAGAGAGGAGAGCUCUGGGGCCACAGCCCUUGGCAGGGCUCAAGAGCAGCUGCUGAAUGGGGAGAAGUGGAGAGCCUGGAGACCCAGUGCUCAGCAGGCAGCAAUGUCCAUGUCCCUAGCAGUUGUGUCCCCAGCUGCAGCUCUGCACACAGGGAAGGGCCAUCCACAGUAGCCAGCGAGAACGGCACUGCCUCGGCAACCCACGGCUCGCUGUGGCUCCCUCCAGGGCUCGCCAGACCACUGUGUGCUGCAGAGCUCUUCAUCCAAAUGGCCCUUGAGCUUGCAGCCAGAGCAGCAAAGUUCCAUCAGGCAAACAACAACAAGAAAAGUGCAGGAAAAUUCAGAUUUAAGGCCACUUACACAGAACAGCUGUCCUCACCUGACAUAGCAGAUGCCCUCCCCAACAAACAACACUUGAGGUACAAAGGAGGCACUUAGGUAACUGCCUUCUCCAGAGCACUAGAAAAUGUAAGCAAGCUUCAGCAGGUUAGCAGUGAAAAGCUCUUGGUUGUAAGAGCAGAGAACCUAGUCUAAGUGAUCAAGUUUGUAGGAAUAUAAGGAAAACGGGAACGUAAAUGGGACAAAUGCUCAAAUGCAAGUUGUUUUACUGAAUGAUUGACUUGCAGAACAGAAAGGGGCACCACCUCCAGCACCAGGUUUCAGUUUUCUUGCAACAAGUUGAUACUAUUCUUGUGUGUGCAUGACAAGGUCAGACGCCACUGUUUCCCUCAGGAGACAUUUGAAAAGGGGUUUGCUGCCUUAGCCAUGAAGUCUUGGGCUCUCCUACACACCCUAAGCUCCCACUAUAGCAUGUACAGAUUCCUCAGGAGCCCCACCUGCCACUCCAGUGACACCUGGCAUCCCACAGCACCAGUGGACAGAGGGAGGUUUCCAAGGAGUAUGAUCCUUGCUGCACCAGGAGUAGCAAAGAGGCUGUUACUCAGACAUUCUAAAAGCAACAGUCUGGGUUGAGAUGCAAAAGAAAAAGAUUUCUCCUGGAAGUGGAUCUGGAAAUGGCCUGAGAGGCCACAAUCUGCUCCUAAGGGGUUUAAGGCCUCACACACGAGGGGCGCAGGCUCAUGAGAAUUCCCUUGGUUGUCAAGGCAGCCAGUUUCAGCACAGCUCACCAGCUUUUGUGCUGUGGGAGACUUGUGACUGACACACAUGCACGUCACACCAGUCCUUCCCUGGGGCUGGACACACCAGAUGGAAGCACAUGACACCAUAAGAGUUUCAUUUAAUAGUGCCCCUGCAAGGGGCUUCACUGUAACAGUAACAAGAAGGCAUCUUUGCCAUGAGCUGCCAAAGGCCUAGAGACUCCGGGCAGCAAUAGUGGCUCCGGGAAACAACAGCCAGAGGACGAAAGAGCGAGUCCAAGCAGCUCUGGAAUAGCCCAAGUCCAAAGGUUCAGAGUUGCUCCAGACAAGCCCUGGUCGGUGCUGGAGGCAGGGGGCUGUGGCCAGCCCUAGUGGCAGUGCUAGAGGCAGCAGACUCAGGAGCGGCUCCGGUCUUCAUGGCUGCCUACAAUCAUUUUGCUGUAGAGCUUCUGUUGCUCCUCUUUGAACGCGUCUUUCACCUUCUCCCUUUUCAGCCCUCCAUCCC